AUGGAGUCUCUGGUAGAGGUGGAGAAGGCAUUCAUAACGUCAAGAAUACAUUACUUGACAAGUGAUUCUUGUGGAUAUUGCAAGUGCCAAAAAGAACGAAGUGGAGGGCUCCGGGCCGCUCCAGAUAAUGCCGGUGUUCCUGAGAAACCCACCCAUAUCACCAUAGGAUGCCAGGUUGAGCAGAUGACAUGCUCCCAGUACGACGACUUUAUUAAUAGAGGGUUCCGUAGAUCGGGCACUUUCAUGUAUACUGGAGACAUGCUUCGGGGGUGUUGCCGAAUGUACACGAUUCGAACUGAUUUGGAUCACCUAAAGAUCAUCAAGGAACAUAGGCAAGUGAUCAACAGAUUUAAGCGGGCUAUAGGAGAUGAGACCAAAACUAAAGGAAAGUUUAGUUUGAGGUCGCUUAUUGAUGCUGAGAAGAAGUCAACAAGAUUUCACACUCGUUUCGAGCCUUCUGGAUUUUCAAAGGAAAAGUACGAGCUCUACAGGAAGUACCAAGUAAGGGUCCACAAUGAUGAUCCUGAAGACGUCACACCAAAGCAGUUCAAACGCUUUUUAUGCGAAACCCCCUUUCCAGAGAGGGAAGUUAUGGGAGCUAAGGGUGAGUGGGACAGACUCGGUAACUGGGUGAAAGACCCACAGGGCAAGCUUCAAAUAGGGAAAAAGAGAAUUGGCCCUACCCAUGAAUGCUACUACCUUGAUAAUAAGCUCAUCGCCGUAUCUGUACUCGACUUCCUCCCGACUGGCUUAUCAUCGAUUUACUUCAUUUGGGACCCCGAUUUCGCUCAUCUAUCACUUGGAACACUCUCUGGGCUCAGAGAGAUACAGAUGUGCCAAGAGCUAGAGCUUGGCUAUUACUACUUGGGCUAUUACAUAGACGACUGUCACAAGAUGAGAUACAAGGCCAAGUUCGGCGGCGAGGUACUUGAUUUGGUCAAUAACGCAUGGGUGGAUUUGGAAAAGGCUCGGCCGUUGAUGGAAGGCGAUAGUUUCUUUGCACUAGGUGACCCGACACAGGCAACACAGGAACCAGAAAGAGUAUCAUCGGAGCCUAGCAUACAUUGGGACAAGCCAAUACAGAACAUAAUUGAAGCACUCUACGAAAAGCCCGAGACCUACGCACAAGCCAAAAAAAUCUCCACUGAAGUACGAAGGGAUCAUGACACCAGUGAAUUUGAGUUACCGGACGUGUUGCCGGGAGCUAUGUCUAUGGCCAGCCUCAAAAAGUCGCUUGCAUCAGCAGCGCCAGAGCUAAGCAGCACCCUCUUCAUCAUGAGCAUAGGAAGAUGGGCGGCUUUCCCUUUUGAGACGCUUCCAGAUGUCAUGAAAAGCUACGUCAUCGACUUUAUCAGGCUCUUUGGAUAUGAAAGGCUACAGGAAACUAUCAUGAUAGUACUGGCAUAG